AUGAACAGACUCCGUACUGUCAACAGUAACUGCGGCGACCAGAUCACUUCAGGACAAACCUUCACCGCUCUACCAAUGAGAUGGUGUUGCAGUCUCUUCGCCGCGUCCACCUCCCAUACUGGCUGGUCCGCUAAUCUCACCUUCACUGACAUAGUGGAUCAGCCAAGCGUCACCGAAGAAGACCCUCUACAUCCUCUCCAGCCUCAUACUACAGAAGAACUACUGGAAGAGAUGCGUGGACAGGGUGUCGUUCGCUCUCCUCACGGCAGAUCUAUAAAGGUGUGCAGGAAGACGAAGACUGUGUUCAAGUUACCCAAUGCAAACUUUCUAGCAGUGUUUGAGUCCAACUACCGACGUAACCACCGGGGCUUCGACAUCACCAUACGACACAUCCCGACCAUCUGCCACAAGACCAUUGACCUGACUUCCGAUGGGGUGACUUCCGGCUACAUAACAACACCCAAUUUCCCCAGACGGCAUCCGAAGAACACCCAGUGUGAAUGGUGGAUUAAGGCUCCUUCAGGUAAAAGAAUACAACUGACCUUCAGGAGAAUCAGGAUCAAAAGUUCUCCAGGCUGCAGUAAGGCAUACGUGGUGGUCGACAAGUCAGGCACGGCUCAGUACCAGCCAGCCACCAGCAUCAUCCUCUGCGGCAAAGUCAGAGGCGCUGAUUUUGCCUCCACCAGCGACACUCUCAACGUUGUGUUCGAUGGCGGGAAGAGAGCGUCCAAAGGCAUGAAGGGCUACUAUAGGGUUAUAAAUUAAUGCUUUACGACCAAAUAUUCCCGGUGGUGAGAAGAGCAGAUGUUUAGUUCACAAUAUAAUGAUGAAGAGAACCAGACCAGUGAGGAAUAUUGCUGCCCACGUCAUCACUCCUUCAGGGGGAGGAGGAGGAGGUCUCUUCUGGUGUUUACUGACGCCCUAACAACAACUCAACCAAGAUCACUGUUUACGAUUAUUGAAGCAAGAUGAGAGAAAUACCACACUUGUUGUUGAUGCUAUGAAAACUGUGCUACCAAGUUGAGACAUAUUGAUUAGGAAUUUAUUUAAGAAAUUUAUAUUUAUCCUACAUCAAAUUUGUUUAUAUUUAACUGAAUUUAAGUGUAAGCAAAAAAAAAAGCUACAAGAGUUUAUUUCAUUUCUUUUUUGUUCCCUUGCAAAAUGUUCUUAUAUAGCCCUAACCCUACACAAGGCUCAGUCUUAGUUUUAAACCCUUACCCUAACCAUUACCCUAACCCUAACCCUCCAGCCCUAGCCCUGACCCUAGAGGCCAACAUCAACACUCAAUAAAUACUUAAUAAAUCACUCAAGUCAUUGGUUCUGCAUGACUAAAUGACUGGAAAGUAACUGACUGAUAACUGGAGAAAUGAAUGACUAAAUAUAUAACUAACUGGACAUACAACUGACAAUAACUGACAGAAACUUCCAUUUAAUCUUACAAGUGAUGAAUCUGGAAUAACAAAAGACAAUCAACAGAGGAACCAACACACCCCUGACCGAUGCUUCAAUAACUUACACCAACUCAACAAACAGUGUCUAUCUCAUUCCUACCACAUCCACACUACUAUUACAAUGUAUCUAUUCCU